AUGUUGUCUGAUGAGGAACUCGAAAAGCUGCAACGCAAUGUGGAAAUUGUCCGCCACGGGCAGAAAAUUCGCAGUGUGCCGGUCAACGCACAAUUCGUUCUGGCGGUGCGGGCGGAGUAUGGCAGCUUUGCGAAAUUUCUCGCCGCAUGGCCUCAGGAUGAUGUGGUUGGGUUGUGGGCUGAAUUAAGAGCUCGAGGCAGCAGGCUCGGCGGCCAGACCGGGCGAUACCUGUUACGUUUUAUCGGCUACGACACGCCAUUGCUGUCUGCUGACGUUGUUCAGGCGCUGGUUGCUGUCGGGGUUGUCGAUAAAGCGCCGACAGGUAAGCGGGCGCUGCAGCAAACCCAGGCAGCCUUUAGUCAGUGGCAGGAAGAAAGUGGCUGCAGUUACAACCGCAUUUCGCGCGUGUUAGCCUGUUCGGGUCUGAAACACGCCGGUGUUGCUGUGCGCGCUGCUUUUGACGCCAUGGUCGAGGUUUGCCAGCCGGGUAUGACCACGCGUGAGCUGGAUAACGUCGGGGCACAGGUGCUGAAACUUCAUGGCGCUAAGUCAGCCCCGCAGCUGUAUUACGAUUUCCCGGGCGCCACCUGUAUUUCAAUCAAUGAGCAGGCUGCGCAUGGCAUCCCUGGAGAUACAACAAUUGCUGACGGCGACAUGAUCAAUAUCGACGUGUCUGCGAAUCUGAAUGGGUUUGUAGCAGACAUGGGUCAGUCUUUUGUUGUGGGUGAUGCCGAUCCGGAACAGGCGCGGAUUUGUCAGGCGGUUAAAGAGGCGGUAGACAGCGCCAUCACGAAAGUGCGUUCUGGUCGCUCGCUCAAUGUGAUUGGUCGCGCGGUGCAGGCGGUUGCGGAUCGCGAGGGGUAUACCAUUGUGCAGAACCUCGGCAGUCAUGGCGUUGGUGCGUCGAUUCAUGAGGAGCCUUCGUACAUACCGUUUGAUAAUCCGAAAGAAACCAGACAACUGACCAGAGGAAUGGUGUUAACCAUCGAGCCGUUCUUCAGCACCGGGGUGGUCUGGGUACACGAAGAAGAUGAUGGUUGGACGCUGUCAGUGCCGCCUGGAGAACUGGUUGCUCAGUUUGAACACACUAUUGUUGUGACCGAUCGCGAUGCGCUGGUGGCAGAAAUAGAAGAAUUUCUUGCCAGGGAGCUGCCUGGGGAUCUGGCCGAAAAAGUGCGUUGUGGUGCAGGGGUUACGAAAGCGGAACUGGCUGGCUGGACGCGUACGUUGAAUGCCAGAGGCUGGGCUGCGCCAAACUGGCCGGUGGCGGAUGGGGGUACGGGUUGGAACCUGAUGCAGCGUCACAUCUUUGAUGUGGCAUGUCGAGGCGCACAUGCCCCGCAGUUAUCCGGGUUUGGUUUCAACAUGGUCGGGCCGGCGAUUGCCAAGUACGGAUCCCAGGCGCAAAGAGAAUACUUUCUACCUAAAAUCCUUAAUGCAGAUUUAUGGUUCUGUCAGGGUUACUCCGAACCCCAGGCGGGCUCGGAUCUGGCCAGUUUGAAUACCCGUGCAGAUCGUGAGGGUGAUGAAUAUGUUGUUAAUGGUCAGAAGAUCUGGACCUCGGCGGCGGAGGACGCAGACUGGAUCUUUGCGCUGGUCCGAACCAAUUUCGAUGUGCAGCAGCAGAAAGGUAUCAGCUUCCUGUUGAUGGAUAUGGAUGACCCUGGCGUGACGGUCAAGCCACUCUAUGCGUUUAACGGCAAACGUUUGUGGAAUCAGGUUUUCUUUGACAACGUUCGUGUGCCUGUCAGUCAGCGCCUGGGUGAAGAGAAUCGCGGUUGGACCGUGGCCAAAAGCCUGCUGGGCGAUGAGCGUCUGCUGGUUUCAAGGGUUGCUGAAAACAAGCGAAUUCUGAGCGUCGUCAAAGAAACGUUGGAUCAACAGCUGGCCAUGGGCCAGACACUGCCGGAAGCCCUUGCUGGUGAAAUCAGCGAACUUGAAAUACGUUUGCACGCGCUGGAAAUGACCAGUCUCAGAAUUCUCACCCAGGCAGAUGCUGGUGGGCAGAUUGGCGCGGAGCCUUCCAUGCUGAAGCUCAAAGGCAGCCAGUUGGUGCAGGAUCAGGAUGAGUUGUUAUUCCGCCUGAUUGACUAUCUGGCAUUACCCACCGAUCGCAAAAAUGCGCCUCGAGAAGCCAUCGGUCCAGAUCUUUCUGAAUACGUUGCUUCAGGUCGUUAUCACCAUCGAGGGUAUACCAUUGCGGGUGGUUCCUCUGAGGUGCAGCACAAUAUUAUUGCUAAGCAGGUGCUGGGUCUAUAA